AUGUACGGCGUAGCGAGAGUGACUAUCGCGGGAGCCUUUCUGGCGUCCCUAGUGAGCGCCUCCUUUGAUGGCAAUCUCAACUACGAUAGUCCUUCCAAGAGACAUGUCAAUCUGGGUAUCGAUGUCCCCAAGGUCAACAGGCGUGUUUUCAAGCGUGACUCGAUCGCCUACACGGCCGAGGAGCUCAACUUUACGCACGGCGUCGCGUCCGGCGAUCCAUGGCCCGAGAGCGUGAUUCUGUGGACCCGCGUGGCGCCCAGCUUGGACUCGGACAGGAGCAACGUCACGGUCGAGGGCACCGUCGAUUUGUACAACCACGAGACUGAAAAGUACAUUCAGGCGAGCGCCAACCCGAUUUGCGUCGAGUGGAAGGUGUUCCAGGCGAGCGACGCGCAAAACACGACGACCGGCGACAGCACCAAUGUCGUGUCCCAAGGAAAGGCCUACACGACCAGCGACAUUGACUACACCGUCAAGGUCGAGGCCGGUGGCUUGCAGCCCUUCACGACUUACACGUACCAAUUCAACAUUUGCGGCUCAAACAUCACCAGCCCGCUGGGACGCACCAAGACAUCGCCAGCCAAGGAUGCAGACGUGUCGGAGCUCAAGUUUGCUGUCUUCUCGUGUGCCAAUUACCCAAAUGGUUACUUUAAUGUAUAUGGCAACGCUGCCCGAAAGGAUGAGCAUGACUAUGUGAUUCACCUCGGCGACUACAUCUACGAAAACGCUGUUCAAGGAGAGCGGGCUCACUCUCCGGCAAAUCUUCUCUUUACUCUGUGGGAUUACAGAGAGAGAAUCGGACAGUACCGUACAGAUCCUGAUCUUCAGCUGUUGACACAGAACUUUGCGUGGAUCCCAACUUGGGACGAUCACGAGGUCGCCAACAAUGGCUAUAGAGACGGUUUCAGCGCAUUGAACAACACUGAAGAGUCCUUCCGAAACGAUGGGCCCAGUAUCAGCGUAGAUCAACGCAAGAUGAACGCCGUCCGUGCCUAUUUUGAGUGGAUUCCCAUUCGACAAAUUGACAUGGACGACAACUUGCGCGUCUGGAGAAGCUUCCAAAUGGGCAACCUACUGGACCUUAUCAUCCUCGACACCCGCAAUUACGAUCGCAGCAUCACCUCUCUUGGCUGGAACGACGACUAUAUUAGCUUGAUCAAUGACGAUGCGUCGCGAUCUCUGAUGGGCUCGCACCAGGAGCACUGGUUCUAUAAUCAGCUGACGGCGUCGUCGGAGAGAGGUGCGACCUGGCGCGUAGUUGGAGACCAGAUCAUCUUCUCCCGCAUCAGGGAGUCAUUCGGCUGGAAUGGGGACAAUUGGAACGGCUAUGCGGCGAACAGAAACCGCACGUUUAAGCAUCUCUACGACAACAAUAUCGGAAACAACAUCUUCCUCGCUGGUGACUCUCACCAAAACUGGGUAUCUGAUCUCGCCUGGGUCGGAUCCGAGGCCUACAACAACGGUACGGGCUCGGGCGCCAUUGGCGUCGAAUUCGCCGGUACCUCGGUGACCUCGAGCGGCGCCUCGGGCGACAUUUUGACGACCAGGGCACUGGCGCAGGCGCGCAUCGACGACGAGUGGAACUCGGAGCUCCAGUGGCAGGACGGGUACUAUCGAGGAUAUUUCCUGCUGAGCGUCGACCCUGAAAAGGCCGUUGCGCAAUUCUACGGCUCCCCCAGUGUGGCUUCGAGAAACCCUUGGAGCAUUCCUCUAGCCAAUUUCACCGUCCUGGCCAACGAGAACCACUUGUCGCGGCCCGUCGCCGGCGGUUCCGUCGAGGCCGGAGCAUUGCGCGGAGGACAGGUGAACCCCACCAACCUGACGCAGAACACGGAGACAGGCGAGUGGGAGGUGAUUGGAUUCCCGACCAUGUAUAUAUCCUCUUGA